AUGGCGUGUCUCGGCGGUGGAUUGACUCAGCAGUUAUGCAGCAAGAACGCGGCGGUGGAGUUGCCGGUGAAUUUGGGUCGGCGUGAUGUGAUCAACAAGAACUCAACCCGAGUUGGGUUCCGGGUAAUGGCUUCGGAGGGCAAAUCUGCGGAGCCGGAUCUCAGUGUGACGGUGAAUGGAUUGAAAAUGCCGAACCCAUUUGUUAUUGGGUCUGGUCCUCCUGGAACUAACCUUGCUGUGAUGAGGAGAGCUUUUGAUGAAGGCUGGGGCGGUGUCAUCGCCAAAACGGUGUCACUGGAUGCAGCAAAAGUAAUAAAUGUCACUCCACGAUAUGCUAAAUUGCGAGCUGGAGCGAAUGGCUCAACUAGAGGACAGAUCAUUGGUUGGCAAAAUAUUGAACUCAUUAGCGACAGGCCUCUGGAAACAAUGUUAAACGAAUUCAAACAGCUGAAAAAGGAGUAUCCAGAUAGGAUUCUUAUUGCUUCAAUAAUGGAAGAGUAUGACAAAGCUGCAUGGCAGGAACUAAUUGCUCGAGUAGAGGAUACUGGAGUAGAUGCUCUCGAAAUCAAUUUUUCAUGCCCCCAUGGCAUGCCGGAACGCAAAAUGGGUGCCGCUGUGGGCCAAGAUUGUGGGCUGCUCGAAGAAGUCUGCGGCUGGAUCAAUGAAAAGGCUAGUGUUCCUGUAUGGGCAAAAAUGACGCCCAACAUUACUGAUAUCGCUGAGGUUAGGUUGUUAACUGCGAGUUCUCUUUUCACGGCUGAUGAUCAGUGUGAUAGGAUAAUUUAUUUGACUAAUGAAGAUCAUGUUCUGAACAUAAAUUCGCAAUGUUUUUGUGGCGCGCUACCUCCGCAGUUGCAGGCUAUGAUAUUGUUUCAGCCUGCCAGAGUGGCAUUAAGGUCUGGGUGUGAAGGAGUUUCUGCGAUCAAUACAAUCAUGAGUGUCAUGGGAAUCAAUCUCGACACUUUACGUCCCGAGCCCUGUGUUGAAGGGUAUUCAACUCCUGGAGGCUACUCUGCAAAGGCUGUGCAUCCUAUUGCGCUCGCAAAAGUAAUGAGCAUUGCAAAGAUGAUGAAGUCAGAAUUUGGAGAUAAAGAACUUUCACUCUCUGGUAUAGGAGGUGUUGAAACUGGUGGUGAUGCUGCUGAGUUUAUACUUCUUGGUGCAGAUACAGUUCAGGUCUGUACAGGGGUUAUGAUGCAUGGAUAUGGUGUUGUGAAGAAACUUUGCUCUGAGCUACAGGAAUUUAUGAAGAAGCAUAACUUUUCUUCGAUUGAAGACUUCAAAGGGUUAUCACUGGACUACUUUACAACACAUACAGAUUUGGUCAACAGACAACAGGAAGCAAUUCGGCAGCGUAAAGCUAUCAGAAAAGGUUUAGCAUCUGACAAAGACUGGACAGGGGAUGGUUUUGUUCAGGAAACGGAAAGCAUGGUUUCCAACUAA